AUGUCGAAUCCACAUCAGAUUGGUAAUCGUAAUAGUGACAAUGAUAUAUCCUGUUAUUAUCUACCCAAACUAUUGAAUCCAUUAAUUGAUUCUAUUUUUAAUUGUCCUGAUAUAGACAAUUCAUUGUUAAAGAAACUCUACAACAAAUUGAAAAGCUUGGAUGAUUUUAUUGUCAUUGUACCACCAACAGAUAUUUUAUUAUUAAAAUUUGACACCGCUAAAAACUGUACUUUAAGAGAUUUAUGUUAUUCUAAUAUUGAUUUUGUAUCAAACCAUAUUGUGUUUUCUAAGGGGAAUAUUAAUAUUAAUGUUAAUGUUAGGAAUAAUAAGGCAUUUUGUGUUCGAACUAUACAUGGUAAAAGUAUCAUAAUUAAUCAACAUCGCCCUUAUUUAUUUACAAAUAAUGGAUUUGGUACAAAACAAAAGUAUCAUAUAUUAAAAUUUGACAUUUUGAUUAAUUUUAAUAACUAUUUUCAUAAUAAUAACAAUAAUGGUUAUAGAAAAUUCCUUUUGAUUUAUAUUGAUCAGCCUAUAUUGGAUUAUAGUUUAAAUAAUUUAAUAUUUAAGCAUAAUUUACAAUGCUUUGAUAUCACUCAUGAUCAUAAAAAUUCUUCUUCCUCCCUUGCCCUUCCUUCUUCUUCUUCUUCCUUUUUAUUGAAUGAUAUACCCUCGUUUGAAAAGGUUCUUCUUUUAAACCCUCAAUGGUUAGAUUAUUUAAAUAAUUUUUUAAUAGAAUAUAAAAAUUCACAUCAAUGUCAAGACGAUUUAUUUAUAACAAAUUUUAAUUUAAUGGUCAAUGGUUUUUAUCUUUUAAUAAAAGAUAAUCCGAUUUUUAAAGUAAUUGAUAAUUUAAAAUUACAAAUCAAAAGUUAUUUCGAACUACAAUUAUAUGACUACAUAUGGAACAUUAUAAAAUUAAAGGUACAAUAUUUGUCAGUACUUAAUAAUGAUGAUACUGAGUAUCAUCUAAAUUAUUUAUCUCUAGAUCAAUUGCAAACUGAUCUUUACAAGUCAAAUUUUGUAUCAUUUAGAUUAUCUGAUAUUGUUCAAUUAGAGAAGAAUAUUUCAAGGGCUAUUACUGUCUGGAACAAAUUUUUUUCAUAUAAGUCACACUUUAAGAAAUGCCAGAUAUUAGUUGAAACGUUACAAUCAUUGUCAAAACCAAUCACUUCGUCAAAUAAGGAAAAUAUAUGUAUUGAUGCCGAUACAUUGAUUAACUUGUUUGUUCUAAUUGUAAAUAAAUAUAAUUUGCAUGAUGUGAAAUGCAACUUAUUUUAUCUUCAAAAUUUUUUUGAUGACGAAAAUAAUAUUAAAUUUGGUUUGUUGGGUUAUUCAAUAUCAACUUUAGAAGCAUCUAUCAAAUAUUUGGAUUCAUUGUUAAAUAAAGACACAAAAAGACUAAGGAAGCUACAACAGCAAGAUAUUAAACUUGAACAUUUUAUAGAAUGUAUUACUGGAACAAUUACGUUCACAGAUGGUUCUAACAAUAUAACUGAGUUUUUAAUCACUUUUAAAGAUUGUCUCAGAUACAGAUCUGCUAAUGGACAAUCUAUUCUUUCAUAUUGCAUACAGUAUCAUCAAAAUGAUAUAAUUAUAGAACUCUUAUCAAACAAACUUUUUGAAAAAUGUUUUCCCUUAGAAGAUCUGUUAGAUGAUGAGACUAUUGAUGGAUCAACUUUAUUGAUUCAGUGUUUAAAAUAUUCAAAUGAUACAAUUGCUUUGGUUUUAGUGGAUAUCUUUCUAAAUAACUGUUCCUUUGAAGAAUUGGUAACAUAUUUUAAACGAAGAGAUAAAGACGGCAGAAUUGUAGCACAUUACCUUAAUGGUCAAAUAGAUAUUCUAGAGAAAAUUGGUCAGUAUAUUGAGUGGGAUUUAAAAGAUAAUAUGAACCAAACACCCUUAUUUACUAUAUUUCGUUGUUAUGAUCAAAUAAAUUAUGAUUUAAUGGUAUCAAUGGCACUAAAGUUUGCAAAUUAUUGGUACAAAGAGACAAAAGAUCGAUUGUUUCUUGUGUCAGAGCAUAUUGAUUCUAAAGGUAAUAGUUUAUUGCAUAUUAUGAAAAGCAAUAUAUCCAUUUUAUUGAAUUUGGCUGACGGUAAUGAAAUUAAUAGAUGUAAUAAUAAGGGAAUGACACCACUGAUGGUAUACGUUAAAUAUGACAGGGUAUCAAAUGUUGAAGCAAUAUUACAAGACCCAAGAAUAGAUUUCGAUAAGAAAAUUAAAUAUAGUGGGUUACAUUGUUUUGAUUUUGCACAAAAUGAAAUUAUAAUUGAAUUAUUAGGUGUUUAUGCAUUGAAGAAAAAGUCUAUCUUUAAGCAUAUAUAUGUACAUUCUUUAAAAACACAUAAUAAUUCAAGUUAUUCAGUAAAACUUACGGUCAGUAGUUCACAUAUGAAUUCAAAUAAUUUCUAUAAAACAUUUGAUGUGAAUCUUCGAUUAAUUAGAAAUCUUUUCAAAAUUAUUCAGAAAAAAUAUUCUUUGACAUUUUUACCGUUAAAAGAACUUCUAAUGAAAAUAGAUAAGCUGAUGUACUCUAUUCAAAAAAAUAGUUUGAGAUGGAUUAAGGUACAGGAAAGAGAAACUAUUUUGUCAUGGAUGACGUUAUGUUUAGAUUCAUUGAUCCACAUAAAUAUUUUGUCUGUAUCGGAUAUUUUUAAAGAUGAAUUAACCUUAUCUGAAUGGAUACGAAAAGAAAAUAGUAUGUCCAUAGUUACCACUGAUACUACCAUUAUAAAUUGUUAUAAUAAGUCUCAAUUAUCAUUCAAUUCAAAAUUAUUAGAACCAGAAGAGGUAUAUACUAUGCAGAAUUUUUUAAAUUUUAAUUUAGAAGAGUUGAAAAUUUUGGUUCCAAAAUAUAUAGCUUUGAAGAGCCUAGUUGUAUUUUUAAAAUUUAAAACCACUGAUAUUAUAGAGUCUAAGAACAUGCUUAAGCUAAUGUCGUGUAAAUUUUAUGCAAACAUGGCAGUAAAACAAGAAUUAAAUUAUUCAAGGAAAGAAGUUACAUAUUACGGAAUUGGAGGACUUAAUUUACUGUUACAAAACCUAGAAUUUAUGGAAGUUUGUAUUAUGAAACUCAUUCGUCACAUUACCGAAUUUUUAGAUCUCAAAAUUUCAGGAUGGUGGAGACUAUAUAGGGAAUUUUUGUCCUUAAAACAGUGUGGUCCAGAACUGGAAAAGCUGAUGAAUUCAGAAAAUGAACACGAUGAAAUUAUAAAAACAGAUGUUAAAGUGAAUACUAAUAUGUUUACAAAUAUUAUUGGUAGUAUAUUUGAAAAGACAAAGUCAAGUAGUGAUAGACAAAUAAAUGAACAUCUUCUAAAGGUCAAUAAAAUCUUAAAGAAUGAUAGCGAAAAAAUAAGAAGAGAAUAUGAACAGUUAGCAGAAGAGCUCAGCAAGUUUGUCCGCUUUAAAUCGGCAUUUUUUAAGUUCGGUAUUAUAAAGUUAUGGGGGGGAUUCAAUAUUAAAUUGAUGAAACAAAAUUUGCAAACUCUGGAAAGAAAAUAG